AUGAGGACAUCUACGGCUGUGAAGUCAGUGGGGGGAGCGGAGUUAUUGGCGGCAUUAGUAACCAGCGAGGGGAUUCAGUCAGAGCUUGACGACCAGACGAGCGCUAGGUUCUUGACCUUUGAGUUGAAGGGCGAGGGCCAAGUGCACGCGGUAGCAUUAGGGUCGGAGGUCGAACUCCAGGAGCUCGAUGCCAAGCUCAGCAUUGGACACGUGUCAGGCCUGGACCAAUGCAAGCUCGUGUUCAAAAGCAUAAGCCGACUCCAGGUUUUCCAUGUCCCUGAGCAAACCGCUCCGUACACCCAGUCUGCUGUGCGUAACAGCGUGAGGAGGUUCCUGGAUGAGGAAGCCGUGGGGACCGAGACCAGACAUCAGAUUUGGGUGGAUGCUUUCGGUAAGUGUCAAUCCGACACUGAGGACACGGGGGACGAUGGGCACAUAGGCGUUCCUGAGGAUACGGGCAACGAUCAGUUACGGGUGUUUACGAGAAAGCUAAAGCGGAGAGAACUGCCGCGUCUGUUGCCGAAAGUCCAACAAGACUGGAGGGAGGGGAUGAAAAGGUCGGCGGUCAGCUCGUGGACAGACUGCUUGGGCCUCGAGGUUGCACGCGAUGCUUUCAACAAGUACCCACUGCAAACGAAAAUGGCGGUUGCAGGCGGUGCGCUGUUUGCGUUGGCGGGGUGCUACUUUAACUUCUUUCCUCCCGGCGUCGGUGGUGCGCCCUCGGACAAUGGCUCCACGGACUUGGAGAAUUACGCGAAGAUCUUGCCCUGUGCUAAUGAGACCCAGUUGGAAGGGACCUUCUGUGUAGAAGGUAUCCCGUAUUGCAUGACGGCGAGAUUAAAGCCUGAGAGGGGCUGCUUGCCGCUCCCAUCCGAUAUCGGAUUUGGUAAGUUGAGUGAAAUAGCCAGGACUGCGACCUUCGACGUUUGUCGGGCGAGCGGCAGAUGUGAAGUCGCUGACACAAAGCCGGAGACGAACAGCCCGCCCGCGACGCACUUCACGACACUUACAACGCGGGAGCCGCACGCGAUCUUGCCCUGUGGCAAUGUGACCCACCCGGAAGGGGCGUUGUGUGUAGAAGGUAUCCCGUAUUGCAUGACGUCGAGAUUAAUGCCUAAGAGAGGGUGUUUGCCACUGAAGUCCCGACUCGGUUUUGAUAAGUUGAGUGAGAUAGACAGGAGUGCGACGUACGACGUUUGCCGCAUGGGGGGCACAUGUGAAGUGGCUGACGCAAAGCCGGGGACGAAAAGCCCGCCCGCGACGCGCUUCACGACACGUACAACGCGGGAGCCGGCUCCGAUCUUACCCUGUGUCAAUUCAACCCGUUUGGAUAAUGUCACGUGUGUCGAAGGGGUCCCUUUAUGCCUGAUGAUGAAAGUUGACCCUCAGAAGGCCUGUCAGCAGUUUAACUACACUGUCCCGCUGGAGCUUAGUAAGUUGGAUCGCAUACCAUCGUAUUUGGACGUUUGUCGCGCGAGCGGCAGAUGUGAAGUCGCUGACUCAAAGACGAGCCCCAAGGCAAGCCCGAAGACGAGUUUCACGGCAAGUACUACUCCGGAGCCGGCUCCGAUCUUGCCGUGUGUCAAUGAGACCCGGUUGGAGAAGGCCGUCUGUAUCGAGGGUGUCCCUUAUUGCGCGACGGCGGAAAGUGAGCUUGCUUUGGAGUUGGGCGUUCCUGAGAAUGCCUGUGUAGACCUAAGAACUGGGUUAGAUCUAACAGCGCUCGGGAGUCUGACCUCCAGGGGAUUUAACGUUUGCCGCGCGAAAGGCGGGUGUGGAAUCAUUGGCGCACUGAAGGAACCGAGUACCGUGAGCCCGUGCGAAAAUAAAACUGAUCUGGAAGAGGUCACGUGUGUCCAAGGUACCCCUUUGUGUUUCACGCUGGCCAAUGAUGCCAGCAAAACCUGCCAUCGGAUUGAACCGUCCCGAUUGCCAGAGUGGAUCGAAUCAAACUCAGUGGACGUUUGCCGCGUUACGAACAUUGGAUGUGAAGAUUUGCCUUGUGUUGGAGAAACUAAGGGGGGCACGUGUAUCGAGGGUGUGCCUUAUUGCGCGACGUCGGGAAGUGGUCAUGCUCUGGACGAGCCUCAGACCUGUCUGGAUCUCGAAGGGCAAUUUAAGGUCCCUCAGAGUCUAACUUCCAAGGGGUACAAUGUUUGUCGCGCGAAAGGCGGGUGUGGAAUCAUUGGCGCAUUGAAGGAACCGAGUAGUGUGCAACCCUGUGACAGUGGAGCCGAUGUGAAGGGGGCCGUGUGUGCCAAAGGUGUUCCUCUGUGUGUGUCGCAUGCCUCAGACUUUGUCCAGCGCUGUCAUCAGAUUCAUCCGUCUGAAUUUAAAGAAAUGAUGGAUUCACAUAUCUACUGGGCGUGGAACGUUUGCCGCGCAGGCAACGACGAAUGUGAGACCACGAACCCAAUUCCGCCUUGUGUCGACGAAACUUUCUUUGACCGGGCCGUGUGUGUCGACGGUACGCUUGUGUGCAUUACGGACAAGGCAGAUCCGGGUAAGAAGUGUGCAGCUGUGUGGAGUUCGUCCCCCCUAUCUUUCAAAAGCCUCCGCCGGUACCAACGUCCAGAGAGUACUUUUAAUGUUUGCCAGGUGAGUGGUGGCUGUGAGGUAACUAAGGAAGAGACGACUUUGCCGAGUUUGUUGUCAAAAGUUGAAGUCCCCUUGAAGACCUGUAUCGGAAGAGAAAUGUCCUCCAAUGGCCACCCUUUGACGUUCUCUGAAGAAUGUUCCAUCCCCAAAGGAGGUGCAUUCGUUUGCCGCUUGUGGGACCCAGUUACAAUCAAGAACGAACACAAGUGUUUCACCUACGGUGACGACGCCGGCGCAUCCUUUGGAGAAGUGCGGUCUGCGCUGUCGACGCUUUACCCAGAUUUGAUGUACUGCAACCUGAAUCAUAACUGCCCAGCCGGAAUCCGAUGGUUGUACGAAUACUAA